AUGACCGAAACAAAGAUGCAAUUAGAAGACUGGCUGGAUGACUUGUGCGUCCGCUUCAUCAUUAACCUCCCGCGCGAGGAACUCGAGUCUGUGGAACGAAUCUGCUUUCAGGUAGAAGAAGCACAAUGGUUCUACGAGGAUUUUAUUCGCCCGCUCGAUCCUGCACUGCCAUCACUCACUCUGAAGACAUUUGCCAUGCGCAUAUUCCAGCACUGUCCUUUGAUGUCGCAAUGGUCUACCUAUCAUCACCAAGCAGCCUUCUCCGAGUUCCUCGCCUACAAGACACGCGUUCCUGUUCGCGGGGCGAUCCUACUGAAUGAAGAUAUGGAUGAGGUGGUCUUGGUAAAGGGUUGGAAGAAAGGUGCCAACUGGAGUUUCCCGCGAGGCAAGAUCAACAAGGGCGAGAAGGACUUGGACUGUGCUAUUCGUGAGGUCUACGAGGAAACUGGAUUCGAUGUUCGUGAGGCCAACUUGGUCAAGGAUGAAGAUUCGGUGAAACACAUUGAGAUCACAAUGCGUGAACAGCAUAUGCGACUCUACGUCUUUCCUGGUGUUCCUCAGGACACAUACUUUGAGCCGCGGACCCGCAAGGAAAUCAGCAAGAUCGAGUGGUACAAGUUGACAGAGCUUCCGACUUUGAAAAAGAACAAGCAGCAUGACGAGGGACUCGCAGUGGCAAACGCAAACAAGUUCUACAUGGUUGCUCCAUUCCUACACCCGCUAAAGAAGUGGAUAGCACAGCAGAAGAAGAUCAGCUCAAGGGUCCAAGUUAGUGCGAAACACCCCUCUCAAAUCGAAGGAUAUUCCUCGAUGGACGAGAAUGCACCUUAUUACUCCAAUGGCAACAUCCACCUGCCACGAACUACCGAUUUGCCCAUCCCGAGCGAUCUUCCUGAAGUGAAUUUGGGACAAGAUGCGUCAUCUCAUAUCAAGCAUCUGUUACAGAUUGGCGGCCCUACAGCUUCUAGUUACAUGCAACCCCCCGGCCCUGAUCAGCCCCCUCCUGUUGACCAGCACAAGUCAAGCGCACUGCUAGCGCUUUUAAGACAAGGAUCUCAAGACAACGUCCCUCAGUUUCAGAACCAACCCGUUCCCCCACCGAAUGCUCCCCACCAUGCUCUGCCACCUUUUGAGCAACCAUCUCAGCGGCCACCCAACUUCUUUCCUGGAUUCCCUCCGCAACAGCAAAUCAUGCCAUCACAUCUCCCAUCACACCCCGGUCCUCCGUUUGCUGAGGGCCCGCAUCGAACUACCCAAGUCAACCCCCCUAUGCCCUCCAAUAUUACACCUCCCAGACACGCUAUGGCUCCUUUCCAACAGACUGGUGACCCUCUGAUGUCCCGGUCAGCCCAGCCAGCUCCAGGCCAGGGCGUAGCUGCUCCACAUGCGAGCAAGCUGCCUCCUCCGAAGCUCACUAGCCAUUCACUUUCGCUUCUGAACUUUUUCAAGGAUGAUUCUUCCAAGACACCGGUUGGAUCUCACGCAACACCAGCGUCUGUAGCUCCUGGACUGGCUCCACCACAGGUUCCUCAGCAACCUCGCAAGACCUCUCAUCAUCAGGAUAGCCUGUUGGAUCUCUUCAAGGGUCCCAAGCCCGUUGCAUCUCCUCGCCCCGUUGAACUGCCAGGCCAGCCUGUACCUCAAGUUCAGUCCCAGUAUGAAAAGCACAUCAUCCAGCGGGCACAUCAACACCCGGUGCAUGAUCUCCAACGAGGGGAUGCGGGUCUCAAGGCCCAAUCGGGCCCCGGUCGAACAUCUGCUACUGUGUCAGGCCCCUUGAAUAUGCCCAAAUUUGAAGCAGUUGGGAAAACAGCACCCAAGAAGAUGGCUAGUGGACCGAGCCGCAAGAACCAGGGAAAUCGCCGAGAGCAGCCGCAGUCGCAGCCACAACAGCUCUCCUCGCCCAUCACAAUUCUCCCCCGUCCCCAGUCGGCCAAGCGCGAUGCACCUAUGUCCGGAUCAUACAAACAGGCUGCACCGGGCCCCUCUCCAUCUCAACCCCCUCAACCAGCUCAGAUUGGAGCACCCGCGCCAGUCAAGCCUUUCCAACCCCAAAUUCUUCGACGCUCUGAGAAGACAGAUUACGAUCAAUCGAUGGCCGCUCCGCAGAAAACGGAUAACCUGGACCGAAAACCAAGCCUACCUGGCAUCCAAACGGACACGGCUGAACUUUCUCCCCAGACCAGUUUCGACCGCCGACCUAGUCAGAACGCUUCGCAGAAGGAGGCACUCUUAUCACUUUUUGGAAAGCCUGCAGCUUCUCCCACCCCUCCAUCCACGACGCAACUAGACUCACAAGCGGUGAACCAGCAUCUUCCCCAUGCUUCUGGUUUGGUCAGCCCUCUUUCAUCUCUUCAUCUCAAUCCUAGCAGCGGUGGUUCUAUUUCUCGACGCGGUACUCCUUCUGAGGGUGAUACGGGCCCCUCUGGCGCAAACAACGUUUCGUCACCGAGCAACAAGGCGUUCUUGCUUGGAUAUUUACAAGGAGUUGCCAAAGGCAACAAAUGA